GCUGUCAGUUUUUUGUUGAAAAGUGCAAAUUUUUUGGAUUUUCUGUAUUACAAUUAAAUAAAUUGAAAUAAAAUAUUAAAAGUAAAACAAUAAAAUGGCUGCGUCACAACCCGUACGAACAAACUGGCAUCCGAAUAAAAAGCAUACUGAUGUUGAACGUUGGAUUUGCAUAUAUCCCGCAUAUAUAAAUAGUAAAAAGACACGUCAAGAAGGACGUCGUCUACCAAAAGAUAUCUGCGUUGAAAAUCCAACCUAUGCGGAAAUACGUGAUGUACUAUCGGUGACCAAUUUGCGCGUCGCUGUGGAAAACAAGCAGUACUCCAGGGAGCGCAGCAGGGAGCUACAAAUGCGUGGUCGCAUACGCGUUCAAAUGCGCAAUGACGAUGGCACGCCAUGCAAUCCCGAUUUGGGUAGCCGCGAAGAUGUGAUGCGUUAUGUAUCAACAAGAAUACCGCAACUGAAAACGCGUCAAGGCAAAUCUGGUGAUCAUCAACAGCACGUACAAGCGCAACAGUCAGCCGGUGGCAAAAAGGGCAAGGGCAAGAGGCGUUAAAAAGGGAAAAAGUGACAUUCAUACACAUUUUGUUUGGGUGUUUCUCAUUCAGUGUUCAAUUAUAACAAAAAUAUAAAUUGCACAUGUGAAAGUUCAGGCGGAAACAAGUAAAUUCGCAUUUUUUGUUUUACAUAUUUACAAUUUGUUAUUGUAACUUAUUUUUUAUGAAUAAAAUAUAAGAACAAUU